UCCCAAAUACGUACCUCGUUACUAGACAUUCGCUGCCGGAUACAGCCUAGGGAAGCAAAAUUUAAGUUCAAGUUUUUUUUUAUAGUUGGCCACGCCCAUUCAGCACAUGCGCACUCAAUCCUGCUGCAGACGCGUUCGUGUUAUCGAUCCUGUGUUUAUGUUCGGCCGUUUAUUGCUUUCUGUUCAUUAUAUAUUUGAUUAUUUUACAUAACUAGAGCGGAUAAUAAGUUUACUACCGAUGGACUUUUAACACUUAAUUUUUACCAAAAAGCCUUUGUUAUUUUAAAUGUCUAUAAUCUCUAUUGACCAUACUCCUCUUAGCCGUCCCCCGUUGAUAUGAUGUAUCUUUUAUAAUGGAGAAUACACAUCUACUUACGAGAAUUCGGUGACUGAUGGCGUGAUUAGUUUUAUUAGUAGUUUUUUUUUAUAUUCUACGGAACUUAAAAAAUGAAAUUCCCCUUUCGCAUUAUUCCCCCUCAAAUAGAAUUCUGUGCUUGAAUGUCUAUCCAGAUAUAAAUUGGGUAAUUGCUCAACAGACCCGUACUAGACACCAUCUGUACCCUAGUAUUAUAAUCCAAGAUCCAUUAGCGAAAUAUGUUUGCGUCCCUCAUGUAAGUACCCCGUGCGCCGCCCGUAGCUUUCAGGGAGUUGGCAAUGCACAUGCUCAAUCAAUGCAACUAUAGUUUGCAGUAGUGUAUCUGUAUUAUGUUAAUCGACGCUCCGUAUACGAGCCCUCAUAUUUUUACGAGAUUGGCUUACCAGAUGUUGAUCAUACUUUGUCUUAUUGGUAUAACUAUUGUUUUAUCUGGAUUCUUCAUCAUCAUCACUCCCCUGCCAAUAUCCCUUUUAUCUGUAAUAAAAACAUGUUAUAUGGUGUCCUUUCGGGUUGUAUUCUUUUUGCAUUUAUUUAGAGUGAUUUCAAUCAAAAAUGAUAAAACUUAAUUAUCAGUUCACAAUACACUGUCAAUAAAUCCUGUAAUUAGAAUCUCGAAAUAUUCCACCCUCCAAUCCAACAGGGGGAACGACGCGGAUGCAGCUGUAAAGCGCAUGCGUGAUAUCGAUCGAUAGGCGUUCUAGAACACGGCGCGUCCCUCGCAGCGCCAGGCUCAGUAGGCGUCGGUCUCUUGUCGAAACUGGUCGCAGUCGCGAGGCUCAUUUAAUAAAUUCUCAUGAGUGACCCAGUACAGAUAUCAGUGUGUGUUGUGAAAAAUACUAAACAUGGACGACCACUCAGAUUUGUAUGCUUCGCCCUCCCACUCGAGCUUCGAGGUGCUCGACCCGCACGACCCGACGCUCAGCCGCCUCGCCACGCAUCUAUUCAAAAAAACUAAUGAUUAUCUCCAAGGCGAGAUCGCUAGUGGUGGGGACCACUACAUGCUGCUGGAAGAUAUAAAUCGUGUCGCCAUCACCAAAUACGCUGAUCUCCGCAACCUAGCGGUCAAUUUGAACAGGACGCUGAUGGAAUACGACCAUGCUUAUGCAACAACCAUCCGUCCUCUGCUGUCGCAGGUGGACGACAUCGAUGUGAUGGUAGCCAAGCUCGAGGAAAACGCCCAUCGUCUAGAUGGAUACACGAAGCAACUCAAGACACGAAUCCGUGAGUUCCUUACUAAAUGAAUGAGGUUCCCAACAAUGUUUUAAUCAUGUAACCUAAUCUAUGUGUGUCGGUUCAAUCAAUACAUUUAAGUAGCAGUCUUCCUCUUAAAAUGUUGUAACUCAAAAGAAAAUUUCUCUCUCUCGACUUCCUUCCAAAACUUUGUUAUUAGUAUUAACUUCGGCGGAUAUGCAGAUGGAAGGCUCCACUUAAAUAGAUUGCUUGAACCUUUCGAGAGGCAUCGCUCUCGCAUUUAUCUUCUAUGGAUAUCGUAUAUAUAAUAUGUGAAUCCACUCGAUAUGUUAGUUUAGCUAUAAGAUACGCAAGCGGAGGCAAGGCUCAAAGACUAGGAAGUUUAAGAAAUUAGUGAGGAUGGGUGAGACCCGGUUUAGACAUAGGACAGUUUCAAACACUUGCGUUCCCUGUUCUCUUUUGUACCUUUUGAUAUUCUUAGUACUUUUGUACCUAAAUGAUAUUUGGAGAAACUUUAAAAAAAGAUUAAGACUAUUUAGAUAUGAAUCAGUGCAUCACCAUCCAGAAAGCUACGCAGUAGCACUACUAGGCGCGAUAUAAAGACUUUGAGGGUAAUUUUCUUUUGAAUAUUGCUAUCAUUUUAGUUCUUAAAGCACAAUUAUCUUGGAAUGUUGCGUGCUUCUUUUAUACUUCACUUAGUUUGUUCGGGGUUUGCGUGUUCCUUUGUCAGUCAUAAACAGAUGAAAUUGCAUUCUUGGGGCCUUAUGUCUCACGUUGCUUGUAUUUAUCGAUAAUCUUGUCGUAUCACAUAUUAUGUAAUCAAGUAGUUAGCGGGCGUUACUUUUGCAGCUCGACCCAUAAGUAUUUCGAUGUGCUUAAUAACCGAUACAGUAUCGCAUAUAUUAUCCGUACAGCGCGGUACUUUUCACAUUAUUACGAGUAGUUUGAUCCAGUCAGAUUUAAAUGUUCGUGUAAACCUAUAAAAGGUUUUAUCAAUUAAAUAUUCAGUAAUGUUCUAAGUGUUCUCAAAUUAUUAUAAAUGUGGUAGCGGUUCAAGUAAUUAUAUUUAAGAUCAUAAUCUUGCGAACUUAUCAAUUACAUUCUAGUAUUUUAACUAUUAACUUGGUAGACAUGUAUCGUAAUCUAUAAAUAAAUAUACAAAAAAAGUAAAAAAAAAAA